AAAAUUAAGCGCCAAGUCCACCAAUCAGAUCGUUCCUCCCGAUGCGAGUUGCGCGGAAACCCAUAAAAAUGUUAUGGGAACGAGAGUUUCCCUUCUAGUUGUUCCAUGGGAUAUCAGGUCACAUCAGGUGGUCAAAAAUCAUUGAGAAACGGUUACCAACGGUCGCGAUAGCGUUUCGAUCCCUCAGGUUUAGAACAGGACUAUCUUGGACGGGGCCCCAGGAUUUACGACGAUACAAUUAUUACCUAUAGACGACAGGCUUCGCCAAGAUGCGACCAGACUCGCGCAGCGUCUCGUUCACGUUUCACCGGGAGGUGCUAAGCGUGCGAAACUCGCCGGAGAUGAUGCGGAGCUCACGAAAUCUGCGUCAGCGUCUGCAAGAUCGAUUCGAGAAAGAUCGGGGAUCGUCUAACAACGAUGCGAAAGAGAAACCACAGAAGACAAAGGAUUCGACCGACCGGCCCUGGAACAAUAUCAGUCUUGGCAACGUAUCCGCGGAUUCGAGACGAGCGUUACGAAACGGUGCCGAGAAACUGUCCAGGACAAUAUCCUCCGUGCGUACUACUUUUGGCACAAUAUCUCAGAAAUUUAAGAGUUCCACACGUAGACGUCAACGACUGGAGGAACAACAGUCUCCAUCCAAUAUGCAGACACCUCAAACUCGUUCCCGUCAACUUUUAGGUCGCACACCGACUAAACUCUACAGUCCUUUUGGCAUCGAAUCACCGAGACAUGCCUGGAAUAAGGAGAAUGAAAUUAGCACGCCGGUACGUGCAGUACGUGCCUCAUCGCCAGAGUGCAACAUGCGUUAUAUACACUGUAGACCAUUUCGCUUCACAAAAGUAAAAGGAUUCUCCAUGUUGAGAUAAGAGAAGAGCCAGGAGCCUUCUCUUCAAAGUUACUGCAUGUCGAUCUCUCUUUCUUCCUAGCGAACGCAGCCAGGUUUGCGUGCCUUGUGUGCAACAACAUUUAUAUAUCGAGUAUAAUUUAUUUAUGUUCAGUCGCGAGCAACUCGCCGCAAGCGAUGCGAUUCCGUCAUUGAGGCAGAAAUGAUGUUUUUUUUUUAUACAAGUAGGAUAGGACGAGACUGUUCCAUCAGUUUCAAUCCUGUGAGUUUUCUACAAGUCUUUAUCUUUAAAUCUUAAGUCAUAAGAAAUUGAACAACCAUAAUCAAUUAUUCACAUUCUGUAACUAGUCAAUUUCUUACGGCUUAAGAUUAAAACCGAGAUAAUGGUUUACUGUAAAAAGCCAUUAAAGUCAAGGUUCUUAAAGACUAAUGUUUUUUUUUUUGACACACAUUGUGUUUGUUUUUAAAUAUGUUUUUAAUGCUUCAAAUAUGCAAUUAAGCAUGUUUUACACUUAUUUGAAACAUGCUUAAAACAUGGUUUUUUACCAACCCUGAUUAAAGUAAUAUAAAAUUUACGGCAGCAAACAAUACCUCUACAGUGACCUGCUCACAACUACUUUAUACAUUUAUCUUACCUUAAUCAUGAUUGCUUCUCGAAAGCACAAGAUCUUUACAUGUUCAAAAACACGAACACUAUCGCAAGAAAUGAAUGGGAAAGCCUCGCUCUAUCCUAAUAUUUAUAGAUAUGUUAGAAGAGAAGAGAGUGUACCUUUCAUAAUAUUUAUAUCAUUCCAUCGCUUUCUUCGCUUGCGUACAUCGCAAACUCUUUCUACUUUUUUACACAUAUUUA